AUGCGCCUCCCCUACGCUCCAUCAACCCCCCCACCAGACUCCCCCGCGUCCGUGGGCGAGAUCUACGCGCGGAUCGCGGCGCGCCGGCGCCCUCGGCCCCUGAUCCCCCUGGACCUGACGCUGCUGCACUCGCCGCCCGUGGCGGACGGGUACAACGCGUUCGUGGGGGCGCUGCGCACCGCGACGGUCGUGCCGCAGAGCCUGCUCGAGCUGGCCGUCUCGCGCGUCGCCAUCCUCACCGGCGCCGUAUACGAGUGGAACAUCCACGCCGCGCUGGCGCUCAAGGCGGGGCUGUCGGCCGCGGCGUUGGAGGUGGCGUGGGGGGCGGGGAAGGGGGAGUUUGGUGUCGCAUCCUCAUCGUCAGGGUCAGACUCUCCACCCAGUCUGAGCGACAAAGAAAUCGCCGUGCUGCGGUACACGGACGAAGCCACCGUCGACGUCAAGGUCCAGGACGCCACCUUUGACGCCCUCAAGCGCCUCUUCAACGAUCGCGAGAUCCUCGAGCUCGCCACCGUCGUCGCCGGGUAUAACGCCGUCAGUCGGAUUCUGGUGCCGCUCGACGUGGGCGAGAACAACGACAAGCCGAUGAAGACGGUGGCCGAGUUGGUUGCCGCGGCGGGUGUUUGA